AAAAAUAAACGUCUCGUUGUAUGUAAAAAUACUGCUCUCUCAAGUCUCUCUGUUAGCUAGCUUUUCAAUCUCAGAAACAUCGAUGGCCUCUCGCGACAAGAAACCUUCAAAACCUUCAACCAGCCGAGCCGGUGGAAUCCGAACCCUCUCCGAUUUGAACCGCCCUUCCGGCCACGACUCCGACGACAGCGACUCCGAUGCCCCUCAAGAGUACUACACUGGUGGCGAGAAGAGUGGUAUGCUCGUUCAAGAUCCUACAAAGGGGAAUGAUGUGGAUGCAAUUUUUGAUCAGGUGAGGCAAUUGGGUGCUGUGGAAGGGCCUCUAGAAAAUCUCCAUCCAUCUUCAAGCUCGAGAAGUUUUACGGGAACUGGAAGACUACUGUCAGGGGAAACAGUAGCUUCAACUCCUCAACAGCCUGAGGCUGUAGUUCACAAUAUUGUGUUUUGGAGAAAUGGUUUCACCAUAAAUGAUGGCCCUUUGAGGAGGCUGGAUGAUCCUGAAAAUGCGCCUUUCCUGGAGAGCAUUAGAAAGUCUGAGUGUCCAAAAGAGCUUGAGCCUGAAGAUAGGAGAUCCUCAGUUCAUGUCAAUCUCAUAAGAAGGGAUGAGAACUGCCCGGAACCUGAAAAGCAACAAGUUCCAUUUCAGGGUGUGGGAAGGACUCUAGGUAGCAACAAUUCUCCAGCAGAAAUUGAGCCAAAUGUUGACACCCCUCCCAGCACUGAUCCAACCCCUUCUGAGGGCAUAGUUGUGGAUGAAACAAGACCAACAACCUCGAUUCAGCUCAGGUUGGCUGAUGGAACCCGCAUGAUUGCACGAUUCAACUACCACCACACAAUAGCUAAUAUUCGUGCCUUCAUCGAUGCAUCUAGGCCUGGGACUAACAGGACCUAUCAGCUGCAGACCGUUGGCUUCCCGCCCAAGCAACUCACUGAUCCAACCCAAACAAUUGAGCAGGCAAGUCUUGCCAAUUCUGUCAUAAUCCAGAAGUUCUGAAUGACCAGCGCGCUCUGGUCAUGUUACAGCCAGAUCUUAUUCGAAUAACUAAACCUGUUUUAUUAAUUUAGAAAUGGACUUUUUGUGUAUCUAGUUGUAUCACAUCUGUUCUCCUGAGAUUGCAGUUAAAGUAUUUAGUAGAUACUUUUGAUCAAACGGCUUUGUAAUGUCAUUGACAAUCGAAAGUCAAAAUCUUCCAAAAGAAACACCAUGGACAAUUUCUAGAGCUUUGUUACCUUUUUUCCAGUCAUAAUAUACUCAUUGUGUUUCAUUGAUCAA